GGAGCACUCCCCCCUUCUUCCCCAUUUCCACUUCCACACACCACUUCCCAAAUCCAGAGCCACCCUACCCAGCGAUUCCACCGACGGCGAUGUCCACAUCCGGUUCGUCCUCCGUUUCUGCCGACCGGGACAGCCUCCCCCCGAUCCCCUGCACGGACUGCGGGGGCCACAUCACCACCAUUGCCUCCCGCGGCGGCUCUCGUCCCGGGACCCAGAUCUACAAGAAACUCCGCCGCAGCGCUGUUCUUGGCUGGUUCUUCCGCUGGUCAGACGGGUACGCGCUGGCCGAUGUUGCAAGGAUGACCCUCCUCCUCGGCGUGACCAAUCUGCUCGUCAACCUGCUUGUUCUGGCUCUCGUGCUGCGGCUGUUCGCAAAGCGGAAUGCAUCUAUGGCGUAAUCUAAUCUAGAUGCUGGUGGAUGGCCGGCCGUAGUAUCAGUAGUAGUAGGUCUUGUUGUCACGGCGCCCUCUUUAAAAUUAGCGUGGUAGUAGUCCCGCCGUGUUAAAUUAGUGUGGCUGUAGCCCGCUAUGGGCUUUGAUUAGUGCAGUCCCUCUCUGUGUCAAAUUAGUGCGGUCUCUUCAGUGUCAGCAAGCUGUAGCUUUUGGGUUGACGAUGGAGUGUUUGUGCUUGCGGCUGUGCCACCAUUUGUCUGGUCUGGUCUGGUCAGCACGCUUGCAAAUUAUGGUCCACUAUGUAAUCCAUUAGCACUUGUAUCUAAUUAAUGGAUGUUGUUUGCCAA